AUGAAAAAAUCCAAUAUAAUAAUUUUUUUAGUUUUAUUUUCAAGUUUUUUAAUUAAAACAAUAAAAUCAGAUUUUAUAAAAGGUUUUCUUGAUUUAAGUGAAAAAUCUAAUGGGAUAAUUUUAUAUAAAACAAAUUCAAAAGAUUUUUUAAUUGCAAGUUCAUUCGAAGGUGAAUUAUUUAAAAUUCAAGUUUCAACAAAAUCUAUAAUAUUAAAAUCAACUUUUAAUGAUAAAAUUAAUUUAUUGCCAAAUGAAAAAAGUUCAGGAUUUUUAGAUGAAAAAAAUAAUUUAUUUUAUUUAGCUUCUACUUUAUUUAAUAGAUCAAUUCAAAUUUCUAUAUUUUCUGCAAUAGAUUUAAAAUUUUUAACAUCAAUUUUUAUAUAUAACGAAAAUAUACCAUUUAAUGAGAAUUGUUUAUUUUUAGAUAAUGAAUUAAAUUUAUAUUUUAUUUCAACAAAUAGUAUUUAUAAAUUAAAAUAUGAUGAUAGAAGUGUUAAUUUAAAAAUUAUUCAAAAUGAAAUUUUACCAACAGAUUGUAUUAUACCAAGUUCAUCAGUAUAUAAUUUAAAUAGAAAUUUAUUAUUAUUAGGAUGUACAUCAAAAUAUGGUACAUUGUAUGAAAUUAAUAUGAAGAAUUUAUCAACAAUAGAAUCACAUAUUUAUUAUUAUGGUGAAGGAAUUGACACAUUAUUAAUUGGUCCAAAAAAUAGUUUUUCAUUUUUAGAAGGUACUCAAAACUAUCCAUAUCAUUUAGUAUCAUUUACAUUUAGAGAUAUUGAAUCAAGUGUAUAUAGAAAUCGUGAAACUUAUUUUGGUAAACCAAUUAGUGCAUCAUCAGAUAAUGAAAGAUUUGCUCUUUUUAUUUUUUCACAUGAUAUAUUAUUAUUGGAUUUAACUGAUAGUACCGGUAAUUAUCCAUAUGAUAUUGAUUAUUUAGAAGAAGUUAUUGGUUUAUCAAGUGUAUAUAAUUCAAAAGAUAACACAAUAACAAUUUCAACAAAUUCAUCAAGAAUUUUUUUCUAUCAAAUUCCAAUAACCACACCACAAGAUUCAAUACAAGUUGAAUCAUUCUUUAUGAUAACACCAUUAUUAAUUGUAUUAUUAAUUUUAAUAAUAUUUUCAAUUAAAUUAAUUUAUUCAAAAUGUUGUAAAAUUAGAAAUGAUCAAGAUGAAGAUGAUCGCGAUGAAGAAGAAACAAUAUUAAAAAAUGAAGAAAUAUCAAAUAAAGAAACUAAUAAUAUAAUUGAAUUUUAUAAAGGAGAUUAUAAAUUAAUUGAAUAA